AUGCUACAGAGAAGGGUUUACGUUCUCCGGCGAUAUGCUAGCACUGUCCAAAGGAUAGAGAACAAAGUGCGGUCGCAGGAUGUACCAAAAGAUGCCACUAUAUUCAGUAUGAUCCAGCCAACAGGCAGGUUCCAUCUAGGCAAUUAUUUGGGUGCUGCAAGAGUAUGGAGAGACUUGUGUGAUAUAAAGCAAGAUGGGCAGAGACUGUUGUUUGGAGUUGCUGACUUGCAUGCCAUUACGAUUUCAAAGCCCCAGGUUGAACAAUUUCGACAAUUGAGAAUGGAGGCGAUUGCCAGUAUAUUGUCCUGUGGAAUAGAUCCUUCCAAGGCGUCUGUGAUGCACCAGUCGAGUAUACCUCAGCAUUCGCAGCUUCACUGGCUGCUCUCGACGUUUGCUAACAUGGGAUACCUAAACAGAAUGACCCAAUGGAAGGCCAAAUCGAACAUUAGAGAUUCGGAUUCAGACUCUGCGUCAUUGGGCAAAGUUAAACUAGGAUUGUUUUCUUAUCCUGUUUUGCAGGCGGCUGAUAUCCUCAUCUACAAGUCCACACAUGUCCCAGUUGGUGACGAUCAGAGCCAGCAUCUGGAGUUGACAAGACAUCUAGCUGAGCAGUUCAACAAUUUCUACAAUACUACAGUUUUUCCGAUACCCACGACGAUACUGGCACCGACUAAGAAGAUUCUUAGCCUAACCUGUACUGCAAAGAAAAUGUCAAAGAGCGACAGCAAUCAGGACUCUGUCAUAUAUCUCAAUGACGAACCAGAAACUAUCGGCAGGAAAGUAAGAAAAGCCGUCACUGACAGCACGACUGAUCGUUUCCAUUACGACCCUGUGAAUAGACCUGGGGUAUCGAAUUUAAUUAACAUCGUAAGCGGCGUCUUGCGAAGCCCAGUUGAGGACAUCGAGAGAGAUAUACAACGGUUCAACAAUUUUCAAGAUCUCAAGUCAUAUGUGACAGAGGUGAUCGUCGAGGAAUUGAGAGAACCUCGGACACUGUUUAAGCGUUAUAUGAGUGAACCAGGCUACUUGGAGAAAGUUGUGGGAAAAGGCACUGAAGAAGCAGCCGCCAUAGCAGAAAAAAACAUCAAAGAGGUCAUGGAAGUCAUGGGACUCUAG